AUGGCAAGCAAAGAUCCUAUACAAGAAGUAGAGGGAGACUAUCGAAAUAGCAAAACCUCGUUCGUCAAAGGAGUGAGAAUGCCUCUCAUCUAUGUUUACGAGACAGGAUUUGAGGAGUUCAUUGACAAGUUUCAAACCAGAAUCGACGAUGUUUUUAUCGUCGGUAUCCCACGAUCAGGUAAGAUUUAGAUCUAUAGGGGUACAAAUGACCAUUUGUUUAUGUGAUAGCUGUUAUACGAUCAGUUAUUUUCCCAAGGAGUCCCAUAGCAACUUCCCUGGUAUAUGACCGGCGUAUUUUCCCCCCGCGCGCCUCCCCGUAUAUAAUAAACAUUUGUUGAGUACAAUCAGGGGAAAACUUCGCGGUGAUAAUAAAUUAACGAAUGUAGCCUGAGUAUCAGGCGUUUCUGGGGGGGAAGGGGUGAAGAGAAAAGCAACUCCUUUCCCCUAGCCCGUUAAAAAGGCCUGAUACUUAGGCUAUAACGAAUGCGAAUUAGGGCGUAAUUAACAAUUUGACAAAGUGAACUAGACAGCCGUGACACAGCCCCUUUUUAAAAUAGAGAUGUUCCUUGAAUACUGGUUUGUUUUAUGGGAAGAAAUGUUUAGACCUACUGACGUGUUUGCUGGUUACAGAGGGGAGCGCUCAAGCGGGUUUGUUUACUGUAUUUCACUGUUUUUUUUUAUGUUGAGUACAUCAUCUAUGGAGAUACCAGGCUCUAGAGAUCAUUCCCAUUCCCCACCCUGUCAAACGAGAAAUACAAAUCGACCCAGUCCCCAAUAUUACAUGGGUAUGGUUCGGGCCAUAACAAAAGGCUUGAAUGAAAUGAAGAUGUAAGGCUAUUCUUGCAGUUGGCUACGCGGUCACAGGAAGCCGUUUUGAAUUUGUUUUUUUAUUUAGUUAGUUUCUCGUAGCCGGCUACGUAGAAUAUUGUCCUAGACUUUUAACUUCGUCGUUCUUUCGGCAGCUUGGCGGAUUAAAAAGCUUGCUCCGCUGGCUUAGAAACUCGAGAGGUCGACUUGUGGUAGCCUCCCCGCAGACGUCCCUUUGGGUUCGUUUGUGAAUGCGUGACAAACGAACCCCAAAGGACGUCUGUGGGGAGGCUAGACUUGUGGUCGUUCCGCUCAAUUAGGAACUUGGACGUGAGGUAGACUUGUGGCAAGUCUGAAUAUUAUUCAAGUAACAGGGUAUUCUGCAUUUAAGCCGUCCGUUCUUACAUUUCCCUUCAAAACACGGCGAGCCGUUUAUAUGAGCUCGGCUCCUAUCCGGACAAACUUUUCUGCAUAUAAACACUUUGGCUCGCCCAGCAGGGUCAACUCGGUCAAGGCGAGACAAUCAGAGCAUGCGCAAGCGCUGUUACCUCAUAUAAACGCUCGCUAUGAAAGUCGACUCAGCUGGAUAGGGCGACCCUCUUUCCUGGGACAACUUUGGCCUUAACAUUGCCUAGUCCCUAGGCCUCAUUAUUGUGCGCGGCCGAUGCGUUUCGGGUCACGUUGUCCGAGAAAGUUUCCCAAAUAGCGUUGGAAGCCGAAGGAAUGGUCACCAUAUUGUUUGUUUUGAGGUAAAAACAAAGACAUGCGCACUCUGAGAUUGUCUAGGCGUCUCAAUAGGCGACUCCCGGCCGUUCGUCUCGGAUACGUCACCAAAAGGCGUUGACCGAGAAGGCCUGGAAAGACGCUGUACGGGGACUAGGCAAGCCUACCUCUCGCCCAAUAAGCAUAAUUUUUUCCCUCCAGCAAAGUUCGUCGUGCGGCAUCCUCCUAUUUGACCUAAGCAGCGAUGUGCCGCGGAACAGGAUAUGGUUGUCGGCGUCUAUAGUUUUUAUCAGCGUAUAUAUAUACCAUUUAGUGUCUUGAACAGGGAGUCGUUCUGGACCUGAAGCCUUGAACCGCCAAACAUUCCAUAAGUGCUUCCUCCCCCCCACCGCCGGUAAAAGCUACACAACAGAGUACUUUUUGACUCUUUUUAUUGUUUCAUUUUCAGGAACAACGUGGCUUCAGGAAAUCACGUGGCAAAUCUACAAUGGCGGGAAAACCAGUAGUGAGCCAAUAGGACAUCGCGUACAAUUCUUUGAUGAAGCCAAAUGUCUUGGUACUACUCAGCCAGACAUUACAACUCAACCAAGUCCCCGCCUUAUGAAGACUCAUCAGCCAUAUCAUACAAUACCUAAAGGAGCUAGUGAUGCCACAGCGUGA